CGAGCAAAGAAUAUAUAAAAAGAAGUAAAAAGAAAGAAAAAAGAACACGAAGCGUGCAAUGGGAAUUUUUUUAGUUAGGGUUUCUAUCGAAGCUAGGGAGAAGGUCAAAUCUUGCUAGGUGCGAAGGCGAUACGAGGAGAAACGGCAGACGCGGGGUUGUCCACCUGAUGACCUUGCCGUUGAAAAAAUCGUGGAGUAGCCGGCAGCGAGCUCGGAACUGGCGGCGUGAGCCAUCUGCGAGCCAGUUCAGUUGUAGAGCGCGCGAGACUAGGACUAAUCCUAAUAAACGCCGAGCCGAAGUCGUCGCCGAGGUCGGAUAAACGAGCGCACGAGCUCAACGCAACUUGUCCACUCUUUCAGUGAAUCGAGAAAUUACGGAUGAAUCGUUCGUCGAUGCCUAUGAGGUAACUAAGUCUAAAGAAUACAGAGAGAACCAGAUCCGAGUACUUACGUGAGAGAAACGAGAAAGAAAAAGAAAUGGGGAUAUCGUUGAUCUGGAUCUUACUCUUGCAACUGUUAUUCGGUAUCGCACAUUCGUAUCAAGAAGCCGAUUUCGAUGGUUGGUAUCAACCAGUCGCACGUCGACCGGUCGACGUUGUUACCGACAUUGUUAACGAUCUCGGGGUGAGAAUCCUUCAACAAUACAGCAAUCUUGGAAAUGUCGCCUUUUCACCAAUCGGAGUUGCUUUUGUUCUGGCUGCGCUCUACGAAGGAUCAGCUGGCGGAGGAAGUCAUCAGAUAGCAGAAGCUUUGGCUUUACCACACGAUCGAGAUAUCACCAGGAUCGGUUUUCGUGAUAUUCAUCGUCGACUCAGAACUUACCUGAACGCCGAUGGUUUUUUGGGUGGCUUGACGUUAAACAGAGAAAACACCAAACUCCGACCAGAAUACGAGGACAUUCUACGAUUUUAUGGCUUCAAUUUGUCGGAUGUAGAUGAGAAAGAAUCCAAUGAUACGACAACAGUGUCCACAGGAACUACCGAAGUUACAAAUGCAUUGAUCACUGAAUCGGAGGAUUCAACUAAACCACCGACAACUAUAAUUGACACUACUCUUUCCUCAGAUUCUUCAACCAUCCCGGAAUCUAUAGAGCUACCCGUAACCUCGAUUUCCGUAUCUUCUAUGACCGAAACAGUUGGAACUACAAUCAGCGAAGGGAUGGUAUCGGAUAGGCUAACGCAAGUAUCUAAUAUUACUACGACGAUUUCCAGUGCAAGCGAGGCUAAUACCUUUACUACGACCGUGACUGGUGGAAACUUGAAUACUAUGUCUCAAAAUUCUACGCUUUCUAUGCAAUCACCAGCUGUUACAAUGCCGUUUGAGACAAUGCAAAGUACGGUUGGUCAAACUAUCGGAGCAACGAGCACAAUUAUACCGAACGUGCCUGAUACGACCACCGUAAUAAUGGCCGAUUCCCAAACAACGGUUAACACUGCUAUUUCGAAUUUGCAAAAUGCAGAAAAUACAAUGAUUCCAACGAGUACAUUAUCUGUCACUACGAUAAUUGCAUCUGUAACACCUUCGAAUAUGCAAGCAAGUUCAACAGACUCGACCGGUCAGAUCGAGGCAAUGACCUUGUCUAUAGAUACGUCAUCGGUCGAAACGAAUAUAACAACGACGACUCCAGUUUCCGUAACAGCGAACGCGGGGAGUAAUCUCGAGGUCGGACCUCCCGCUGAAGAAAGUACCGUUUCGACGGAUCAGCCGACAAGUGGACCGAAUACCAUGCUCGGAAUUGUGGAUCUUGGAUCUACGAAUCCGAUAAACGAGGGAGGACAAGCAACGACCACAGUGCCAGCUUCGAUAGAAAAUGCCUCGGGGAAUCAACUUCGUAAGCGAAGUACGAGAAAUUCCCGAGGCUACUUCUCUAGUUAUCCAGACGAAGGUAUCUGGAUGCAGGAUCUUGGCAUUUGGAAAGCCUAUCCAACCGUCAACAACGAAGCUUCCGUCAGGGAUUCUACAGAAAUAUCCUUUCUAGUGAACGGCUGCGACGUGUCCUCGGUAAUGGCCAGCAGAUAUGUUGCGGUUCUACCCUUUGCGUACUUUCCAUCGUUGCAAGCUGUUGCUGUUGAGUUUCCUUUGGACGAUCCGAGAUACAACAUUCUUCUUCUUAUGCCGACGGAUAGAACAGAUACGCAUCGUUUGGCGAGAGAUCUCGGGAGGAAGUCAUUGAGAUGGUUACGGAAGCAGUUGCAACCAGCUUGGGUCAGAGCUACCAUACCCUCUUUCAUGCUACGCGGUUUUGUCACCCUCACGUCUUUUCUUCAAAGACUUGGAAUAACCGAUGUCUUCGAGCCAAGAGUGGCCGACUUGUCACCGAUGACUCCGGAUUUAGGAGUUUACGCUAGAGACAUCCAACAAAGCAUAGGAGUGAAUAUAAGGAAUUACAUGAAGCCGGAUAGGACCCACUCUCGUGAGUCAACUAAUAUCGAAUCACCGAUUCCCGUCGUACCGUCUCGUCGAGAUUCUUACCGUUUUCUUCUUCAUUCAGGAAAUGGUUUAUUCGAACGAGCUGGACCAGUGCCUUUUACCGUCGUGCAUCCGUUUCUUUAUUUUAUCAUCGAUACUGAAACCUCGGUAACAUUGAUUGCCGGUCGAGUGGACGAUCCUCUUAAUUCAAGAAUCAUUUAGAUUUCGUUGAGAAUUCUUUCAAUACGAAUCGAUACGAGAUUAUUGGAAAUUACCAAGUAUCAGGUAAAGAACAAACGAAAAACUCCAAAGUAAUAAUAAACGUAUAUUUAUUUGACGACUCUUAUAAAUAACUACAAACUUAUAAACAAGUAUACAUAUAUAUUUAUUUACUGAA